AUGUCUAUAGACGCGCUCUUUGCGCCUCUCUCCAAUGCGACAGGCGUACGGAUACCCGAGAUCAAGAUGGUAUCCACCUUCCUAAUCUCCUAUCCCCUCGCCUCCCUCCACACACGUAUACCCAAGACCCGCCCGAACCUCGCCCACCUAUAUAAUAUCGCCGUAUCGGUCUUCUUCAUCUGGCCGUUCCUCGGGAUGGGCGCGGGGAUGGCGCACCUGAUGUUGGACAUUGGGGUGACGUAUGGCUUGGUGGUAGGGAGUAGGGAUAGACGGAUGCCUUGGGCUGUGUUUGGCUUCGUGAUGGGUCAUUUGUUCCUCAUGCACGCCCACCGCUAUGUCUUCGGACUGGAUGAGAACACAUCGGACAUUACUUUCGCUAUGAUGAUGAUGGCUCAAAAGCUCACCAUGUUCGCCUGGAACGUGCAGGAUGGACGGACAAAGGCCGAGGACCUUGACGCUAGUCAAAUGGCUACUCGCCUGCUACACGUACCCUCCCCUCUCGCCUACCUCGGCUACUGCUUCUUCUUCCCUUCAGCCCUCGCAGGCCCUACAUUCGACUAUGCAACAUACGACUCACUGAUCCUUCACAAGCUAUACGAUCAGUCCCCACCGCCUUCAUCCUCCUCCUCCAAGAAAUCAGACACGCCCGCACCCCGCCGGAUCCCGUAUGGCCGGAAACGCGUUGCAUACCUGUACCUCGUCCUCGGCGUCGGGUUCAUGGGUAUCUUUGCGGCGUUCGGCGGGCAGGCGAGCUUCCAUCGGAUCCUGACGCCCGCUUGGGACAAUUGGGGGUGGGCGACGCGGUUUGCGUUUAUCCAGUUUGCGGGGCUGGUGGCUAGGACAAAGUACUAUGGUGUCUGGAGCUUUACCGAGGGUGCGUGUAUCCUUACUGGAGUUGGGUUUAAUGGGUACGAUCCCAAGACUGGCCGAACGAUGUGGAACCGCGUUCGGAACGUCAAUAUCAUCUCGCUCGAGACGGCCGAGAGCUUCAAGGUGGUGUUUGACAAUUGGAAUUGCAGGACGAAUGUCUGGCUGAGAGAUUGCGUAUAUAAGCGGCUGGUGCAGAAGGGAAAGAAGCCGGGGAGCAUGCAGAGUAUGGCUACGUUCUUGACUUCUGCGCUUUGGCACGGUGUUGAGCCCGGAUAUUACCUCGCCUUCCUCACCGCCGGCCUGAUCGUCUCCCUCGGCCGCCAGAUGCGCAACUACGUCCGCCCCUACUUCCUCCCUCCUUCCUCGGCACCUACCUCCGCACCCAACUCCUUCCCGCAAUAUCCCUACCCCAAUACCCGCAAACGGAUCUACGAUAUCCUCGGUUGGCUCGUCGUCCAGGCCAACCUCAACUAUAUCGUCUCUGCCUUCUUCCUCCUUAACCUCAGGGACUGCAUCAAGGCGUAUCACCGAAUGGGGUGGUAUUCACACAUCCUGAUAGCUGGGAGUUUGGUAUUCUUCCAUUUUGGCGGUCGGAGGGCAUUACGGGCUGGUCUGCCUGCUCAGGCGGGGACAGGUGGGAAGGGAAAGGUCAAGAGUGGAGGGAAGGACAAGGAAAGGCUGGACGUCUCGACCCCCAGAGUCACCGUCGAGCCUCCAAGUCCGGUGGAUAUGCCUCCGCAGCCAAGGGAGGAGGUUGAUAGUCGGGAUUUGAAGUGGGUGAGGCACGCCCUGGAGAAUCAGCAGACAGGGCAUGAGGCGGAAGGGAUGGGAGGGGGCGCGGGGUUCGUGGAUCAGGUGAUGAAGGGGACGGAGACGCCGAUGGUGGAGACGCCGAGAUAUGGGAGGAGCGGGUCGCCGGGAUUUUGA